AUGAAAGCGAUUCUAUGGCUAGUCUUCGGGCUGCUGGCGGCGGUGGUGCCGACGGCGUCUGCGGACAUGACAGCGACGCUCCAAGCUCUGCCUUCCUGUGCGGCCACUUGCCUCGUUGAAGGCGUCAUGGACUCGGCCUGCAAGAGGGACCCAACACCCGCCUGUGUGUGCACCAACGAGCCUCUCCAGAAACAGGUCACGCUGUGUAUCAAGGCCAACUGCACCGUCAAGGAGGCGCUCGCGGCAAAGAACCUCACAAACACCGAGUGCGGCGUGCUGCCCCGGAACCGGGCGGUCGGCUUCCCCAUCGCCUCGAUCGUGCUGGCCGUGAUAUCGUGCGGCAUGGUGGCGGUCCGGCUCGGCUUCAAGAUCUUUGUGACGCGCAGCCUGUCACCCGACGACUACGCCGUCGCCGUGCUCGUCGCCUUUGCAAUCCCCAGCAUCGUCAUCAUCCACGUCGGCAUCAUUCCUAACGGGGUGGGCAAGGACAUCUGGGCCCUGACCCCCGAAGAGAUCACCAACUUCCUCUUCUACUUCUACCUCAUGGCCGUCCUCUACUUUGCCCAGGUCAUGCUGGUUAAGCUAUGCAUCCUCUUCUUCUACCUGCGCAUCUUCCCCACCCGGGGCGUCCGCCGCCUGCUCUGGGCUACCCUCGCCUUCAACGUCGUCUGGGGCGUCCUCUACUUCUUCGUCGCCGUCUUCCAGUGCACACCCGUCAGCUACUUCUGGACCCACUGGGACGGCGAGCACGAGGGCAAGUGCCUCAACUCCAACGCCAUCGCCUGGUCCAACGCCAUCAUCAGCAUCGUCCUCGACCUUUGGAUGCUCGCCACCCCCCUGGCCCAGAUCCGCUCGCUCAAGCUCAACUGGAAAAAGAAAGUCGGCGUCGCCCUCAUGUUUGUCGUUGGCACUUUCGUCACCGUGGUUUCCAUCAUCCGCCUGCAAUCCCUCGUCGUCUUCGCCUCAUCCGACAACGCCUCCUGGGACAACUUCCCCGUCUCGCUCUGGUCCACCGUCGAGAUCAACGUCGGCAUCAUGUGCACCUGCAUGCCCACCCUCCGCCUCGUCCUCGUCCGCCUCUUCCCCGCCCUCGGCGGC